AUGGCCGUCACCAUCACGCUCAAGACACUGCAGCAGCAGACUUUUAAGAUCCGCAUGGAGCCUGAUGAGACGGUGAAGGUGCUAAAGGAGAAGAUAGAAGCUGAAAAGGGUCGUGAUGCCUUUCCUGUGGCUGGACAGAAGCUCAUCUAUGCUGGCAAGAUCCUGAGUGACGAGGUCCCCAUCAGGGACUAUCACAUAGAUGAGAAGAACUUUGUGGUUGUCAUGGUGACCAAGGCCAAAAACAGCUCAGGCACCUCAGUACCCCCAGAGGCCUCAUCCACUGCUGCCCCUGAGUCCUCCACAUCCUUCCCGCUGGCCCCUGCCUCAGGCAUGUCCCAUAUCCCACCUACCGUCAGAGAGGACAGGAGUCCAUCGGAGGAAUCAGUCCCCACGGCAUCCCCGGAGUCUGUGUCAGGCUCUGUUCCUUCUUCAGGUAGCAGCGGGAGAGAGGAUGACGCAGCCUCCACGCUAGUGACUGGCUCUGAAUAUGAGACGAUGCUGACGGAGAUCAUGUCCAUGGGCUAUGAGCGGGAACGGGUCGUGGCCGCGCUGAGAGCCAGCUACAACAACCCCCACCGAGCCGUGGAGUAUCUACUCACGGGAAUUCCUGGGAGUCCCGAGCCAGAACAUGGUUCUGUCCAGGAGAGCCAAGUGUCUGAGCAGUCGGCCACAGAACCAGCCGGAGAGAACCCCCUGGAGUUCCUGCGGGACCAACCCCAGUUCCAGAAUAUGCGGCAGGUGAUUCAGCAGAACCCAGCGCUGCUGCCUGCCCUGCUUCAGCAGCUGGGCCAGGAAAACCCACAGCUUCUGCAGCAAAUCAGCCGGCACCAGGAGCAGUUCAUCCAGAUGCUGAAUGAGCCCCCUGGGGAGUUGGCGGACAUCUCUGACAUUGAGGGUGAGGUGGGUGCCAUAGGCGAGGAGGCCCCACAGAUGAACUACAUCCAGGUGACGCCACAGGAGAAGGAAGCUAUAGAGAGGUUGAAGGCCUUGGGCUUCCCAGAGAGCCUGGUGAUCCAGGCCUACUUCGCCUGUGAAAAAAACGAGAACUUGGCUGCCAACUUCCUCCUGAGUCAGAACUUUGAUGAUGAGUGA